GUCUGGGGUGCAUCCCACAUUGCCACACCCCUCCGAAAAUACAACGAAAAAGAAUCUAUAAAAAGGUGUAGGUGUAUGAUGUCGCAUUACCUGCAGACAACUGUACACAAGGCGGCAGUUUACUGGACAAGACCACCUUCAAGAGUCUGGCAGACAAAAGGCAGUUCACAGGUGUUGACUGUUACCAGGUGCAAAGAAUGAUGUCACAGGCAGGGUUCAUGCUAUGUGUGUGUGGGUUCGCCCUCACCUUUGGACAGCAGGUGAGCGUGAACUUGAAGACUGGAGUGGUGACGGGGUCCGUGACCGCCGCUAACGGCUUCCAGUGGAUCUCUCAGCCCCCUGUUGUCCCUGGCAACACUCAGUGCAAUGGCAGGGGCGUCCUCAAGCUCACCUUCGGCCCUCAGCGAGUGCGCGCGCAUAUUCAGAUGACCUUGACCAAUAACCCCACGGGCGCUACGUUUCACAUUGGGGACUCGGCGACCAAUGAUGGCUACGCCGGUGACUACGGGACUCAGGCCAACGACGCAGAGGUCCACUCCAUCGACAAAACCAUCUACUUUUACGGAAGGGACCAAUCACCAGGCGUUAGCUACGGUCUCCUGUACUCACGAGCAAACUUCCUCACCACCAACGUCAUCGUGGACAUCAAAGACGAGUUGGCAUCUGCUGACAGCGGCAACAGUUUUUUGCUGAUCAACUCUCCAAGGCUGUUCGCUCUCAAUGGUCAGUCGGACUUCGAAGGUCCAGUCAACAAAGAUGUUUAUGUGGCUAUGAACCAAGUGAUCACGGGUAGACAAGAUCGCCUGGGUACCGGCCUGUGCAAGAUGAUCAUCACGUGGUUCUCCAGCUAAGACAGCACCGACAGACACACGUGUUUGUUUGUUUGUUUGUUUUUUUCUCUCUCUCUCUCUCUUCAGUUCAUUCUUCUCUUUUUUUCAUUUCAGUACAUCUACUUGCUUAAUAUUUGCUUUCUUUUUUUUAUCGUCUGCCUUUCUUGAGUAUAAUUUUCCAAUAAAGCUUACAAAGUGAUUCC